AUGAACCCAUACAUCGCCGACCCCGACCACAUUCCGAAAAGCGAUCUGUAUGCAGAUGUACCACACUAUGGCAGAUAUUCUCCGAAGCCUGAUGACUUUCGUGUGGAUAUUCAGCACGUCAACUCUAGCUCUCAGGAGUCUUUACAGUAUUGGGCUGGAGUCGUUGGACUCUGUACGGAAUCAAAUAUGAUCUAUCCAGCGGACGCGAAUGAGGGACGCGACGUCUUUGCUCUUGGCAGCGUCAUCGUCAAGUCAAGCCACCGACACCAAAGUCCCAAGAUUGACCACACAUACGCCGACGCCAAUGAAAUAGAGGCAAUUGCAAUCGCCAAGCGUGUCCUCGAGGGUGUCAGAUUGCCCAAUAUCUAUUUCUCUGGCAAGAUCAAUGGUCGCCCGGUGUUGGUCCAAGAGAGACUCCCGGGCGUCAGCCUAGAAGUUGCACGGCCCUAUCUGUCGGAAGCUCAAAAAGCAGCCUUCAAACGGCAAGCGCGCGAGAUUCUCCUACAGAUGCAUGCUGUCAAACCCCCGAGCAAUCGCCAGACCCGAGACCAUAUUGUUCCAGACCCAAAUAUCAUGACUAAUGGCCCCUUGAAUUCCGAGGAGGCACAGAUCCUCUUCUCAAAGGACAUUGACCAAGAUCUGGGCUUCAUGCACAAUGACUUUACACCAUCCAACUGCAUCGUUGACAACGACAGGAUUGUAGGACUCAUUGACUGGGAAAUGGCUGGAUUCUUUGGCUGGAAGGCAGCGGGAGAAGUUCAUUGCCAGAUCAGGUGUCCUCGAAGAAAAGACUUUGCCAGAGCCUAUCUGAGCGAAGAGAGGCUUCGAGAUAUCUUAUGGUGGAACGAUCUGUACGACGGGGCAGUGCCUUGA